GGAGAAGGAGCGAGGGGAGCGCGCGGUCAUGUGGCGGGGGCCGGCGGGCGCGCCGGGCCAGCAGCGGCCGCGGGAGGCCGAGGAGGCGCGGCCUCCUCCGGCCAUCGAGUUCCUCGACGACGAGGGGACGGAGCCGCAGUUCGACGAUUCUGAUUGGCCUGAAGAGUUCCGAGGCACAAAUGGUUCUCAGAAACUAAAGAAUAUCACGUCUUCAUUUGCCAACCAGCUCCUGCUUGUUUCUUUGCUGCAACAUCUUUGCCACAUGUAUGCACAAAAUCCUACACGGUCCAGACGAUUGUUUCAAUUAUUGUGCAAGAUGUUUACUGAAAUGCACUUGCUUUCGGAUUUUGCUGUCUGUGAAGAAUUCAGUAGCCUGAGACUGCAACAUAAUCGGGCCAUUGCUGCAUUAAUGAGAGCAGCUAACAAACAAAUACUCAAAGAGGAGUUGGGAAAUGGCGAUUCUUACUCAAACAGGCAAAAUGAAAAUCUCUUUGAAGCACAGACAUCUCGCUACAUUAAUGAAUUUGAUGAGGUGUCAAGGCUCGGAAAAGGGGGAUAUGGUACAGUGUACAAGGUCAGAAACAAGCUAGAUGGACAGUUCUAUGCAAUUAAAAAAAUUCUUAUUAAGAAGGCUACCAAAAGAGAUUGUAUGAAGGUAUUACGAGAAGUGAAAGUGUUGGCUGGGCUGCAGCAUCCUAAUAUUGUGGGAUACCACACCGCUUGGAUGGAACAUGUUCAACCAGGAUACCAAAAAGAUGAGAGAAACUUGAAUUUGCCAUCACUCAAAAUGUCUUCCACUGAAGGAUAUUCCGAGGAUCAGCACUCCAUCCAAGACAUGGAAGACAGCAGUUCCAUUGUAUUUGCUGACCUCACUUCUGAAGAUUCGGUUGACAGAGAUGGUCAAGGAAAUAAAACAAAUUCCUGUGCGGGGUCACAUGAAAGUUGCUCCGUUAAUGACUCGACUAGUGGCUCAAGGAAUGGUGAAAAUCACCCCUCUGUUCUGCUUCAUUGCAAUAAUGAGAGACACAACAUUAUCACAAAUGAUUCCUGUAGCAAAGACAACCAUUCACUGAAAGGGAGGUCUCUACAGCAGCACUGUGCAAUGGAGUAUCAUCUAAUGCUUCACAUCCAAAUGCAGCUGUGUGAACUCUCGUUGUGGGACUGGAUUGCUGACAGAAACAAGAUAUGUUUGAGAGCAGAGGAUGCUUCCAAUCCUUAUCACCAUGUAGACAAUCAGUGGACAUCAAAAAUCUUCCAAGAGCUACUAGAAGGAGUGUAUUAUAUUCACAGCAUGGGAGUCAUGCACCGGGACAUUAAACCCAGAAAUAUCUUUCUCCAAGGCCCUGACCUCCAUGUGAAAAUAGGGGACUUUGGGCUGGCCUGCAGAGAUAUUAUACAGGAAGACACAACACACCUGCUAAGUCCAAAGAAAAUCAAUGAACUAAUACAUACACAUGGAGUUGGUACCUGCCUAUAUGCAUCACCUGAACAGCUACAAGGCUCUCACUAUGAUUUUAAGUCAGAUAUGUACAGCUUGGGUGUAAUCCUGCUAGAACUCUUCCAGCCGUUUGGAACAGAAAUGGAAAGAACUGAAGUUCUGAUGGGCUUAAGGAACAGCCACAUUCCUCUCUCUUUCAGUAGGAAGUGGCCAAUACAGACAAAAUACGUUAAGCUGCUCACCAGUAUCGAAUCCUCACGCCGACCAACUGCUGGGCAACUUCUUGAAAGCGAACUCUUCCACAACACAGCGAAUGUCAUUUACAACCUUCAGCAGAAGGUGAUGCAGCAGGAAGAAGAGAUCAAGCUGCUUAAAGAAAAAGUUAAGCUACUUUUAGAAGAGAAAGAUGAAAGGAACAGAAUUAAGCAAUUGGGCUCUCCUGUUUAAGUCAGAGAAAGGUGCUGUAACACUGUUAUGUAAGAUGUCUUUAGUUUUUUAUAUAAAAUGUCUUCCAGCA